AUGAUCGCCUCUACGCUUCUUCCCUCCCGCUUCCGCGGCGCCCAGCCCAAUGGCCAGCCGUCUCCGCCCUCCAAGGUGAACAAGAAGUUCACCCCCAUCCUCCAAUUCGUCUCCAAGAUAGCCUGCGUCCACCCCAUCUACACCAUCUGCGUCGUGGCCAUCCUGGCAAGCACCACCUACGUCGGCAUAGUCAAGGACAGCCUGGUCGAUGCCACCCGUGGCGUCCGAAGAGCCGACUGGGAUUCUCUGGUAGAAGGCAGCCGAAACCUCAUUGCUGGUCCUGAGACCUCGUGGAAAUGGCAGAACUUCGAGUCUGACGCCCACAUUCCCAAGGACGCCGACCACCUGGCUUUGGUGACCCUGGUCUUUCCCGAGUCCUCUCCCGAGGCGCCCCAGACCGCGCCAUCACCGCACAUCGUCCCGCUGCCCAGCAACCUCUCCAUCUCCCACCUCCCGUCAACUUCCAACUCCCUGACGACCUACGCCCAGGACAGCGCCUUGGCCUUCUCUCUCAAGUACAGCGAAGGCCCCCAGUUCCUGACUGCCGCCCAAGAGAUCCCCAAUGAUGUUCCCGGCCAGGAGUCCUUGGAGACCGCAUCCGGCAAGAAGGAGAAGAAGAUGUGGAUUAUGAAGGCUGCCAGAGUCCAAACCAGAAACAGUCUGGUGCGUUGGUUCCAGAACGCAUGGUCCGAGUUCCUGGAUCUGCUCAAGAACGCCGAGAGCCUCGACAUCAUCAUCAUGGUGCUUGGGUACCUGGCUAUGCACCUGACCUUUGUCUCCUUGUUCCUGAGCAUGAGAAAAAUGGGCUCCAAUGUAUGGCUGGCAACUAGUGUGCUCUUUUCCUCGACCUUCGCCUUCUUGUUCGGCCUCAAUGUCACCACCAAGCUCGGUGUGCCUGUUUCCGUUGUACUUCUCUCUGAAGGCCUGCCAUUCUUGGUCGUAACCAUCGGGUUUGAGAAGAACAUUGUCCUGACCAAGGCAGUCCUUUCCCACGCCUUGGAUCACCGACGGCCCGAGGACAACUCGUCUUCCAGUGGUAGGUCCAAGCGGUCGCCGAGCCCACCUGACAAUGUGAUCCAGUAUGCAGUCCACAAGGCUAUCAAGGAUACGGGCUAUGAGAUCGUUCGUGAUUACGUCUUGGAGAUCUUGGUGCUGUCCGUCGGUGCCGCCUCUGGCGUCCAGGGUGGACUACAGCAAUUCUGCUUCUUGGCAGCCUGGAUUCUCUUCUUCGAUUGCUUGUUGCUUUUUACCUUCUACACCGCUAUACUUUGCAUCAAGCUUGAAAUCAACCGUAUCAAGCGACAUGUCGAGAUGAGAAGGGCCUUGGAAGACGACGGCCUCAGCCGCCGUGUCGCAGAGAACGUUGCCAGCAGCAAUGAUAGCAAGGACGGCAAGGCUCUCCUGUUUGGUCAGGAUUUCAAGAGCAGCAGCGUACCCAAGUUUAAGUUCUGGAUGGUAGUUGGAUUCUUCGCAAUCAACAUUGCCAACCUCUGCUCCAUCCCGUUCAGGACACCCGGAACAUUCUCGACCAUCUCAUCUUGGGCAGGUGGCCUUGGGGGGGUUGGCACCGCGCCCCCGGUUGAUCCUUUCAAGGUUGCGUCAAACGGACUUGACGAGGUUCUCUACAUGGCCCGAGGCCACGGCCGUACGACUGUUGUCACGGUUUUGACCCCGAUCAAGUACGAGCUCGAAUUCCCAUCUAUUCACUACGCCGUUCCCGUGGAUAGUGGACAUGGUGAUGAUGGUGACAGCUACGCUCAGCUUGGCGACUACGGUGUGGGUGGCCGCAUGGUCGGUAGCCUGCUGACGAGCCUCGAGGAUCCCAUCUUGUCUAAGUGGAUCGUUGUCGCACUCGCGAUGAGUGUCGCCUUGAACGGCUAUCUUUUCAAUGUUGCCAGAUCGGGCAUCAAGGACCCCAACCUCCCAGGUCAUCCCGUCGACCCCAAGGAGCUAGCUGAGGCCGAAAGGUUCAACGACUCGCAGAAUGCUACUCUUCCCGCAAUUGGACAGGCCCAAGCUCACAGGGCCCCUCCAUCUAAACCGCUCACCCCUGCCUCGACAGACGACGAAGCCGACCAACUCUUGAUGAAACCGAAGGUCUCAACGCUAGAUACCCCAAGCCCCAGGACUCCCACUGUUUCCCGAAGCCAAGCUGAUCUUGAGAAGCUCCUGGCGGAGAAGCGUAUCUUUGAUCUGACUGACGAGGAAGUUGUUGCGCUGUCUCUAAAGGGCAAGGUUCCUGGUUACGCUCUUGAGAGAAGUCUCAAGGAUUGCACUCGAGCUGUCAAGGUUCGUCGGUCGAUUAUUGCCAGGACCAAGGCUACCGCGGAUCUUACCAAUGUUUUGGAGCGAUCGAAGCUGCCCUACCAGAACUAUAACUGGGAUCUCGUCUUGGGAGCUUGCUGUGAGAACGUUAUUGGUUACAUGCCUAUCCCUGUUGGCGUCGCCGGCCCUCUUGUCAUUGAUGGCCAGAGCUAUUUCAUCCCCAUGGCUACGACUGAAGGUGUACUCGUUGCCAGUGCCAGCCGAGGUUGCAAGGCCAUUAACGCCGGUGGCGGUGCCGUCACGGUUCUCACUGGUGAUGGGAUGACUCGUGGACCUUGCGUGAGCUUCGAAACCCUUGAGCGUGCUGGUGCCGCCAAGCACUGGAUCGACUCUGAGGCUGGACAAACCGUAAUGAAGAACGCCUUCAACUCUACAAGUAGAUUCGCACGACUGCAGACUAUGAAGACCGCUCUUGCUGGAACAAACCUCUACAUCAGGUUCAAGACAACGACUGGUGAUGCCAUGGGCAUGAACAUGAUCUCCAAGGGUGUCGAACAUGCUCUCAACGUCAUGGCCACAGAAGGCGGUUUCGAGGACAUGCAGAUUGUCACCGUCUCUGGAAACUACUGCAUUGACAAGAAGCCCGCUGCUAUCAACUGGAUCGACGGACGUGGAAAGGGCAUAGUGGCAGAGGCCAUCAUCCCGGCCGACGUGGUCAAGUCCGUUCUGAAGACCGACGUCGACACUCUGGUGGAAAUGAACAUCUCAAAGAACUUGAUUGGUUCGGCUAUGGCUGCAUCUGUUGGUGGUUUCAACGCCCACGCCGCCAACAUGGUUGCAGCUAUCUUCAUUGCCACUGGACAAGACCCGGCACAGGUAGUGGAAAGUGCCAACUGCAUCACCAUCAUGAAGAAUCUCCGUGGCUCUCUGCAGAUCUCGGUCUCCAUGCCGUCUAUUGAGGUUGGUACUCUUGGCGGUGGUACUAUUCUCGAGCCGCAGAGUGCUAUGCUUGAUCUGCUUGGUGUUCGUGGUUCUCAUCCCACAACGCCUGGUGAGAACUCACGUAGAUUGGCGCGCAUUGUGGGCGCCGCUGUUCUUGCCGGUGAGCUGUCUCUCUGCUCUGCACUUGCAGCUGGCCACCUGGUUCGUGCCCACAUGGCACACAACCGGUCUGCGCCACCAACCAGAAGCACAACUCCUGCCCCAGGCGCCAGCGGGACAAUGACUCCUGUUGGCCUUGCCAUGACGAAUGCAGUCGAGAAGACCGUGGGCAGCAUGAGUGCUGCUGCUGCGGAGCGCGCCAAACGCUGA